AUGCAGCGCCAUAAUAGUACGUACGUUGUGAAGAGAGAUGGAAGAAAGGAAGGUGUCCACUUCGAUAAAAUUACUGCUCGAAUCCUUAAACUGUCUUACAACCUUAACAUGGACUAUGUGGAUCCAGUUCUUGUGGCCAUGAAAGUAAUAGCUGGACUCUACAAAGGUGUUACAACUGUGGAAUUGGACAAUCUGGCCGCUGAAACCGCUGCUUCGAUGACAACGAAACAUCCCGAUUACGCCAUUCUAGCAGCUCGGAUCGCUGUUUCAAAUUUGCACAAGAAAACCGGGAAGGUGUUCUCUGAAGUUAUGCAAAAGUUAUACGAGUUUCGGCACCCAUCCACUGGCGAACAUUGUCCCAUGAUCAGCAAGGAGACGUGUGACAUAAUUAUGAAACACGCAGACGUACUGAAUUCGGCUAUCGUUUACGAUCGAGAUUUCUCGUACACCUACUUCGGCUUCAAGACACUUGAACGGUCGUACCUUUUGAAGAUGAAUAAAGAAGUCGCUGAACGACCACAACACAUGCUUAUGCGGGUUGCGGUCGGUAUUCAUGGCGAGGAUAUCGAUGCAGCUAUUGAAACGUACAAUCUAAUGAGUGAACGAUAUUUCACUCAUGCAUCACCAACAAUGUUUAACGCUGGAACACUAUGGCCGCAGCUUUCAUCAUGUUUUCUGUUGACGAUGAGUGAGGAUUCGAUUGCCGGUAUUUAUGAUACAUUGAAGCAAUGUGCUCUAAUAUCGAAGAGUGCUGGAGGAAUCGGUUUGAACGUACAUAAAAUUCGGGCCACUGGUUCUUUGAUUGGCGGCACAAACGGCACAUCCAAUGGGUUGGUUCCAAUGUUACGCGUAUACAACAAUACUGCUCGAUACGUUGAUCAAGGCGGCAAUAAACGACCAGGAGCUUUUGCAAUCUAUCUCGAGCCAUGGCAUGCAGAUAUUUUCGAAUUUGUUGCGUUAAAGAGGAAUACGGGACCUGAAGAGGAACGCGCUCGCGAUCUGUUUUAUGCUUUGUGGAUUCCUGACCUUUUCAUGAAGAGGGUAGAGCGUGACAUGGAAUGGUCUCUAAUGUGUCCGCAUGAAUGUCCUGGACUCGAUGAUUGCUGGGGGGAGAAGUUCGACGAACUAUAUACAAGAUAUGAAGCUGAAGGUCGCUAUCGUAAACGAGUUAAAGCUCGCAAACUGUGGGAACAUAUUGUGUCGAGCCAAAUAGAAACGGGAACUCCCUACAUUGUGUAUAAGGAUGCUUGUAAUCGUAAGAGCAACCAGCAGAAUUUGGGAACAAUAAAGUGCUCUAACCUUUGCACGGAAAUUGUUGAGUACUCGAGCAAAGAUGAGAUUGCCGUUUGUAAUCUUGGUUCAGUUGCUCUUAACCGCUUUGUUACUGCUGAGAAGAAGUUUGACUUCGCAAAAUUAAAAGAGGUUACCAAGGUUUUAACCUAUAACCUCAAUAAAAUAAUUGACAUUAACUAUUAUCCUGUGGAAGAAGCGCGGCGUUCGAACUUCCGUCAUCGCCCUAUCGGUAUCGGAGUACAGGGUCUUGCGGAUGCAUUUAUGUUGAUGCGGUACCCCUUCACUUCCCCAGAGGCUCGAGACCUGAAUAAACGGAUCUUUGAGACGAUUUAUUACGCUGCGCUUGAAGCAUCUUGCGAACUUGCCGAAAAGCAUGGUACUUAUGAGACUUACGAAGGUAGCCCUGUGUCUAAGGGGAUUUUGCAAUUUGAUAUGUGGAACGUAACGCCGACUGACCAAUGCGAUUGGGAUUGUCUUCGUGAGAAGAUCAAGACGCAUGGUGUACGAAACAGUUUAUUGCUUGCACCGAUGCCAACUGCAUCGACGGCGCAAAUUCUUGGCAACAACGAAUCCAUUGAGCCGUACACUUCGAAUAUCUACAGCCGCAGAGUACUUUCGGGUGAUUUCCAAAUUGUGAACCCUCAUCUGCUGAAGGACCUUGUCGAAUUGAAUCUCUGGGAUGAUGAAAUUAAGAAUCAACUGAUUGCUAACAAUGGGUCAAUCGCCAAGAUUGGUGGUAUUCCCGAUAACAUUAAGCAGCUCUACCAAACGGUAUGGGAAUUACCUCAGAAGGACAUAAUCGAGAUGGCAGCUGAUAGGGGGGCGUUUAUCGACCAGUCGCAAUCGCUGAACAUCCAUAUUGCUCGACCAAGUUAUGCAAACAUCACCUCUAUGCACUUUUACGGUUGGAAGAAGGGGCUCAAGACUGGUAUGUACUACUUGCGGACAAAACCUGCAGUUAAUGCAGUUCAGUUCACUGUUGAUAAGGAAGCUCUCAGGGCCAAAGAGGAAAGGGAUGCCAUGCUGAAUAACGUUGCUAGUAAGAUUGCAAGUGUUAACGUUGGAGAUGAGGGCUGUCUCAUGUGUUCAGGCUAG